AGAUGACUGAUGUGGCAUGUUGUUUAAUAACAUGUCUCUCUGUUUCUCUCUACAGAUGACUGAUGUGGCAUGUUGUUUAAUAACAUGUCUCUCUGUUUCUCUCUACAGAUGACUGAUGUGGCAUGUUGUUUAAUAACAUGUCUCUCUGUUUCUCUCUAUAGAUGACUGAUGUGGCAUGUUGUUUAAUAACAUGUCUCUCUGUUGCUCUCUAUAGAUGACUGAUGUGGCAUGUUGUUUAAUAACAUGUCUCUCUGUUUCUCUCUACAGAUGACUGAUGUGGCAUGUUGUUUAAUAACAUGUCUCUCUGUUUCUCUCUACAGAUGACUGAUGUGGCAUGUUGUUUAAUAACAUGUCUCUCUGUUUCUCUCUACAGAUGACUGAUGUGGCAUGUUGUUUAAUAACAUGUCUCUCUGUUUCUCUCUAUAGAUGACUGAUGUGGCAUGUUGUUUAAUAACAUGUCUCUCUGUUUCUCUCUACAGAUGACUGAUGUGGCAUGUUGUUUAAUAACAUGUCUCUCUGUUUCUCUCUACAGAUGACUGAUGUGGCAUGUUGUUUAAUAACAUGUCUCUCUGUUUCUCUCUAUAGAUGACUGAUGUGGCAUGUUGUUUAAUAACAUGUCUCUCUGUUUCUCUCUACAGAUGACUGAUGUGGCAUGUUGUUUAAUAACAUGUCUCUCUGUUGCUCUCUAUAGAUGACUGAUGUGGCAUGUUGUUUAAUAACAUGUCUCUCUGUUUCUCUCUACAGAUGACUGAUGUGGCAUGUUGUUUAAUAACAUGUCUCUCUGUUUCUCUCUACAGAUGACUGAUGUGGCAUGUUGUUUAAUAACAUGUCUCUCAGUUUCUCUCUACAGAUGACUGAUGUGGCAUGUUGUUUAAUAACAUGUCUCUCUGUUUCUCUCUACAGAUGACUGAUGUGGCAUGUUGUUUAAUAACAUGUCUCUCUGUUUCUCUCUACAGAUGACUGAUGUGGCAUGUUGUUUAAUAACAUGUCUCUCUGUUUCUCUCUACAGAUGACUGAUGUGGCAUGUUGUUUAAUAACAUGUCUCUCUGUUUCUCUCUACAGAUGACUGAUGUGGCAUGUUGUUUAAUAACAUGUCUCUCUGUUUCUCUCUACAGAUGACUGAUGUGGCAUGUUGUUUAAUAACAUGUCUCUCUGUUUCUCUCUACAGAUGACUGAUGUGGCAUGUUGUUUAAUAACAUGUCUCUCUGUUUCUCUCUACAGAUGACUGAUGUGGCAUGUUGUUUAAUAACAUGUCUCUCUGUUUCUCUCUACAGAUGACUGAUGUGGCAUGUUGUUUAAUAACAUGUCUCUCUGUUUCUCUCUAUAGAUGACUGAUGUGGCAUGUUGUUUAAUAACAUGGCUCUCUGUUUCUCUCUACAGAUGACUGAUGUGGCAUGUUGUUUAAUAACAUGUCUCUCUGUUUCUCUCUACAGAUGACUGAUGUGGCAUGUUGUUUAAUAACAUGGCUCUCUGUUUCUCUCUACAGAUGACUGGAGGAACGCGGACGCCAGUUGCCAUGAGUUACUGAGAGCAGAACUGCGACUGCUUCCUCUCAGCGCCAAGAUGGAGGCCUUUAUCUACCAAAAGAAACCUGGAGUAGCUUGUUCCUGCAGUCUGGGCGUGUCCACCACCGUGACCGUUCCUAGAAGCCACACCUUUCACUCCUUAUCCAAUCAGAGCCCUGACCACGCCCAGGAGGAGGAGGAAGGGUCGCCACGGCAACGGCGCAUCACAGUUGCAUCAUUCAUGCCACAGUCUAAUGACCAGAAUGGAAACUUCCCAGAGAAGAAUUCGGACAGACAGAGGGGUAAACCUCUAGGAGAGUUGAACACAGAAGAAGUCUGCCGGUGGUUCAGCACUAUCGGCCUUCAGAAGAGACUCCAGUUCAUCAGAGAGGCAGAGCUAUGUGGGGCUGAUAUAGCCUCCAUAGACCUCAACACCCUCGAUGUCCUUCACAUCUCCAGCCUGCAGGAGAGAGAGCAGCUUUUGUCAGCCGUCUACAGAGAACUGCACCCACCAUCCACAACCUCACAGAGACUGGACUUACUACUGGAAACCUUGGGUCCUAAUAACGUAGAGAAAUUCACAGCAGCAUUAGUGAAUAUGAGCAAAUCGAAGUCCUCUCCGCAAAUAAGCUGCCUCAACAUUAAUCCAAUGAAUUCCUUCAAGUUCAACCCUAACCCUUUGGUCCAGAGGAACUCUCAGCUGAUGGAGACCACCAUAAACGCGUCGGAGCAGAUUGUGCACCUGCGUACCCCCAGAGAGACCACAGUGGGGAAGGUGAUGGAGUCGUGUUUUACGAUGCUGGGAAUGACUGAUAAUAAGGACCUCUUCAGCCUCACCGACAAACGAGGUUCUUCAGAGGAGCUGAUACCAGACCAACAUAUAACAUAUAACAAAAAGGAGGAGACAUCUAAAAGCGUAAGCGAGGCCCCACCCACUGGUGUUAACGGUUACCGUGACAACGGACAUGUCAGUCAGAACCACCAGAUGCAGCCUGUCAGCUCACGGCCGAUACAGGUGGUCAGCCAGCCAGGUAAAGAGGAAAAGAUCCGGGAGCUCAAACAACAGGUGGACUCUCUACAAAACGUCAUCCUACAGGUGCAGGAGAUCCACCACGGCCUGGUAGCAUUCUGUUCGGAGCUGAAGAGCAUGGAUGUAGAGGUGGACACGUCAGGGCUGAGCUUCCCUGAGCUGGAGCAGCGCCUGGGGCUGGCUAUGGGACUGCUCAGGGACAAGAGACACAGUCUACAGAGCCUCAGAGAGACCAUGAGAGAUACAGGCGCUCACAGGAACAAGCCGUCAGAGGUUUGUCUUCUGGAUACGAUGAAGUUGAACUGUCAGGUGUUUAAAGAAGAGAUCUCCCUGGUUUACCUCAACAGACAGGUGUCACAUCUACAGACAGCUCUACAAGACAGCCUAGUAAAGGCUUGUGGAGGUGAAUGGGGUACUGGUGAUGGGGUACAGUGAAGAGGAGCUGAGCCCCCUACUCCGCCAGGGACCAAGUGCUCGGAUAGUCAUCCUGAGUAGACCUCCUCCUCCUCCUCCUCCCAGCCCAAGAGACAGAAGACCCCUUCCUCUUUGAAGCAACAUCCUCCAUUAGUAUACACCUAGUACCACCAGGCAAUCCCAUCAAGCAUGACAUUGACACCCAAUAGACACCAGGCUGAUCCCAUCUACCAAGAGACUGACACCCUAUUGACCACCAGGCUGAUCCCAUCUACCAUGAGUUUUGACACCCCAUAGACACCAGCACAAUGAGCAUCAGGAACCUGAGGUCUCCACUGAGCCCCUCUCUACUCUACCAGCACAAUGAGCAUCAGGAACCUGAGGUCUCCACUGAGCCCCUCUCUACUCUACCAGCACAAUGAGCAUCAGGAACCUGAGGUCUCCACUGAGCCCCUCUCUACUCUACCAGCACAAUGAGCAUCAGGAACCUGAGGUCUCCACUGAGCCCCUCUCUACUCUACCAGCACAAUGAGCAUCAGGAACCUGAGGUCUCCACUGAGCUCCUCUCUACUCUACCAGCACAAUGAGCAUCAGGAACCUGAGGUCUCCACUGAGCCCCUCUCUACUCUACCAGCACAAUGAGCAUCAGGAACCUGAGGUCUCCACUGAGCUCCUCUCUACUCUACCAGCACAAUGAGCAUCAGGAACCUGAGGUCUCCACUGAGCCCCUCUCUACUCUACCAGCACAAUGAGCAUCAGGAACCUGAGGUCUCCACUG